AUGUCCGCCGAAGAAGCGCCCAAGCCGUCCAAGACAUACGACGCGAGCUGCCACUGCGGCAACGUCAAGUUCUCGCUGACGCUCUCGCCGCCCCUGGAGGAGGGGUACAAGGUGCUCAACUGCAACUGCUCCAUCUGCCGGCGCAGCGGCUACCUGCUCACAUACCCCAGUAAGAAGGACGUCACCUGGCACGAUGGCUCACGGGAGAAGUGCACCAACUACCGUUUCAACACCAAGACCAAGGACCAGAUGUUUUGCGGGAGCUGCGGCUCGAGUCUGGGCAUCGACUUUUUGGAUGAAGACUACUAUGGAAUCAGCGCACGCGCUCUUGAUGGCAUUGACCUCGACACACUCACGUACAAGAAACUGGAUGGCUUGAAUAGGGUUUCUCCGGCCGCAGAUCUGUCUGGCAAAGAGUCCAAGGAGACCAGCACGUAG